AUGGAGCCGCCGCCUAUCCCUCAUCCUCCACCGCCACCUCCUGCUCUCACGUCCGCCCUCGCCCACCUACGCUCCGUCCUCUCCGCCGCAUCCUCUGCCCUCGCCGCUCUACCCUCCCCUCUCCAACCUCACCCAACCACCCCCAUCGCCAGUAUCCCCUCACCUCAGUCUACCACCACAAAACCUCCACUCCCGCCGCCGGUCACCGCUAUCAACCUCCCGCUCCCGGCCGCCCCAGCUCCCUACUCCGAUUGCCCCGCCGUCGUCCGUAUGAGUCCCGUCCCAACCUCCGCAGCCACCUCCCUUUCCGCCUUCCUCGCUGGAGUGUGCGCAGAUUUCUCCUCUUCCACUACCGGCCGGAGCCCCUCCCAUCCGCCCCGCAUCCUGCCGUCGGAGCUCAGCCUCCUGCAACGGGAGUUGGACUCCUGGGUUGCGGGGGGCCACCACCUCCCGGGAUCAUACUCCUAUGCUGUAACCCGGGUAGUGGCCACGUUCUGCUUGGGUGUAACGCCACGGUGGGAGGCCGAGCUGCGGCAGUGGGUGCUUGAGAGCUCACCAAGGUACGGGGUCAAGGUCAACGUCACGGAUGCGGACCAUAUCUUGGUGCUACUGUGGCUCUUGCUGAAGGCGAUGGCAGUGGAGGCCAGGUACUUGCUGGUGGGGAUGCAGAAUGGCGAUAACGAGGGGCUAGGCUUUGAUCCCAGGGCCAUGAGGUUUGAGUGCCCGAGGCUGGUCGAGGGCCUCUCAUGGUUAGGCGCACAGCUUGGGGUUCUGUAUGGAGAAAGCAAUGGGAAACUAUUUGCGCUUGUAUCUGUGAAGGAGGCAGUGCUACAGAUGGCGUAUGGCUUGGCUGUUUGUGUAGGAGAUGGUGCUGCAGGUGUAGGAGAGGACAAGGUUGGAGCUGGUGAGAAAGGAAGUGAUGCUGGAGAUGUCGUGGCACGCCCUGUUUUUCUUUCCCAGGUUGCUGCUUCCAUUGUGGCAUUGUAUGAGAGGUUCUACUUGGAGGAGAAGACCAAGGCGCUGCAAGCUCAACGCUUGUCAAAAUAUCAGCUAUUACUUGGGUAUUCACAAGCACUGGAACGAGGGAUUUUGGAGCGAUCAAACAGACCAAACUACAGGGCUGUUCUGGAGUAUGAUGGGGUUCUGUCACGGCGAGUUUCGAACAAGGAAUCUGCUAGAGCCAAGACAAGGGAGGAGCUUUUAGCUGAAGAACGAGAUUAUAAACGAAGAAGAACAUCUUACCGUGGCAAGAAAGUGAAUCGAAACCCUACAGAGAUACUAAGAGACAUAAUUGAUGAGCAUAUGGAUGAAAUCAAACAGGCAGGAGGUAUUGGUUAUGUUGUGGAAGCUCCUGCUGAUAUUGCUUGGAAUGUGUUUAAGUGCAAUUCUCACAGCGGUGCAUAUCAUGGAAGUUAUGAUUUUGCAAGCAGCUCCUCUCAUGAUGAGGAAGCUUUGGCUUCUCGGUCAUCGCUGUGA